UCUUAAUUAACAACUGGAUUCACAUGAUGUUAUAUUCCAAACAUAUUCUUCCUGACCACAUAUUAACCACGAGUAUAAUUACCGUGUGACAUUCAAGCCAACAACCAGUGUUUAGGCUAUAGGACGAAGUUUGAGUAUUUAAGUGAAUUUCUUAAGACUUUAUUCAUUUUUAACUAGAACUAACGAUAGCGGUAUGGCGGUUUGGCAGUCCUGUUCUGGUGGAAGGAUUCCUCCGAGUGCGAUAAGGGCCGGUUACGAGGCCGACGGACGGCCACUGUAUGUCGGUCGAGUGCGAAUGCAGGAUGGCUCAAUGACGCCUGGCAAGGCCGGUUGCCAUCUCCCUGGCGCCCAUAUCCCUUGGGGCAGCAAGGAGAAUGUCGAGCAGAACUACGAAAUCCUCGUGCAACCCGUGGACGCCGUUGGCCAUUACGAGUGGCAGCGUUUCUCCGGUGGCAACGUUCCCCAUAACGCCAUGUCGACGGACAGGGGAAUGUACGUUGCCCGCUGUUACCACGAGGGAAGCCUCGUGCCCGGUAAGGUUCACACCGACCACGGCUGUGCGUACAUUCCUUACGGAGGCGACGAAAAAAGCUGCAGCGAUUAUGAAGUAUUAUGCCGCGUUAAAUAAAAAAUAAGACUUGACAGAAACGUGCAAGUGAUUGAUAUUACAACAAAAUAAUGUAGUCGUAACUUUUAAAAAAACAUAUGUUGACAUGCAGCUGUGUAAUUAUUUUGAAGAAAAUAUAAGCUGAAAAAAACAGACGUUCCGUGAAAAACUUGUUAAUCUCUAAUCGCCAGACGGUUUUGGAAAGACUAUGAAAACAACAACCGACAAUUUUUCUUAAUGUCAUUAUAUGUUUGUUUGUUUUUAUUAAAUGAGUAUAAUAGAA